CCUAAAACUUCUAACUUGUCGUGUUUGGUUUUGUUGGUUAAAGUAAGGUUAAUUUACUACUGAAUUUUAAUAUUUAUUAUAAAUCAGGGUUUCUUUUCUCUAAUUAUGAGUGAUGAAAGUGAUAUCGAAAUCGAUGAGGAGAUCGAUAGUAGAAAACAUGAUAAAAUUGUGGAAGAAGUUUUAAAUUUAAAUAAAAUACAAAAUGUUAAGAAGCCUUCCCGAACAGAGCCAACUGUAAAUAUUUCAGAAUUUAACUUGGUAAAAAGUGUUACUGGUGACAAGGGAUCUAUUCAUUUAAAUGCUCUGACUAAGGCGCUAAAAGGACGCAAGAAACAUGAAGUCAUUUCUAAAAAAGUGCAGAUAACUAAUAGCAAAAAUAAAACAUUACCUGCUCCACUUGAGAAACCGCAAGCUGACCGUAUUAGAAGGACUAUAAAUUAUGAAAAAUCUAGACUACAACUUGACAAAUGGGAGGCUUUAGUUACCUCGAAUCGUGUUGCGCCACAACUUACAUUUCCUUUAAAUUCUACAGAAAAAUUGAAAAUUGAGGAAAAGAAAUCUGAAACUUUUCCCACAACAUGGCGCAUUAAAUCUGAACUUCAAAUGGAAUUAGAAAAACUUCAACCUAUUGUUGAGGAAUAUCGCAUAAAUCAAGAGGACGAAAAUUUUCCCUUGACAUUGAACGAAUUGAAGGAGCGUAGAAGGGAAGCUGCUAAAUUGAGGGCACAUCAAAGUUACAAAGAGGCAAAAGCAAGACGACAGAAUAAAAUAAAAAGUAAAAAAUACCACAGAAUUCUUAGAAGAGAAAAAAUUAAACAGAAACUGAAAGAAUUUGAAGAACUUCAAAAAACAAAUCCUGAGGAAGCAUUGAAAAAACUUGAAGACAUUGAAAAAGCCAGAGCCGAAGAAAGGUUCAGUUUAAGGCAUAAAGGCACUGGGCAGUGGGCUAGAAAUAAACAAAUUAGAACCAAAUAUGAUAAGGAGAGCCGGCAGGAGUUAGCACAACAGUUGGCUAUAAGUAGAGACCUUACUCAAAAAUUAAAAGAUGUGCACAGUGAUUCUGAAGAGGAAGGUGUCGAAUUAGAAGAAAAAUCAAAUAAAAACAGGGACAAUGGAGACAAUCCUUGGGUUUCCAAUAUAAAACCUUCAAAGGAAGUCACAGAUUUUGUUGGUAGUUAUAGGAAAUACUGGGAUGAAAAAAAUGCCACGUCAGAAAGUCUCAAAGAAAAUAAAAUUGCAUGUUCGAAAAAUGGGAGUCAACAGGAAUCCACUGAUGAUAAGGCCACUAAAGAAAACAAAGUUGAGUUAGUGAAGUGCAAAAAUAAAAUAAAGUCAGCAAUGUCCAAUAAUGACAAGAUUUUAGAGAAGUCGAAAAAUAAAGAAAUGAAUAAAAGUAAGUUACAAAGUAAACAGAAAAUUAAGAGUAAUGAAAAAGAUUCAUCUGGUACAUCUGAAUGGGAAAUAAGUUUAUUAGAAAGUGGUAAUGAUGUGGAAGACAUUUUUAGCAAAUUGGAAGAAAAAUUGAAAAAUAAAUUAAAGACGAAAUAUAAGAAACUAAAGAAAUCUAAAGAUAUUCGUAACAAAAGUACAUCUAGUAAGAAAAAAACAAAACAAAAAGUAGACCUAACACUUCCUUCAAAAACAAAGAAACCUGUUAUAGAUGAAGAGAUGACUGAAGUGAUAGGAAAUUCUGAAUUACAGACAGAAAAUGUUUCCAAUGAAAACUCUAGCUUGGAUGUGAACCAUUUGAAAAAUAUUUUACAUACUGUUGUACACGAACAAAGUUCUAAUAUAGACCCUCUGAAAUUUAUACAGGUGAAAACAACAAAUUUAAGUACUGCCAUACCUGACAUUUUAAUCACAGACGAAAACGAAGAAAAUAGUAGUCAGAGAGAUGUUAUUUUAGAAGCUUUUGAAGACGACGAUAUAACUGAAGAAUUUAAGAGAGAAAAAGAAAAUGAAAUUAAACAAGAUAUUCCUGGUGAUAUAGAUUUGAAUCUUCCUGGUUGGGGUAGUUGGGGUGGUACUAAUAUUGUUCCUCGCAAGCGAAGAAGAAGAUUUAUUAUAAAAAUGCCUCCAAAAGUACCUAGGAAGGAUGACAACAAAGGUUCUCUGAUAAUAAAUGAAAAGGCCCAGUCUAAAAUAAAACCUCAUAUGGUUUCUGAACUGCCUUUCCCUUUUAAAAGUGUCAAAGAUUAUGAGGCUAGCAUGAGGGCCCCCAUUGGUAAUACUUUUGUACCAGAGACUGCUUUUAGGAAGUUAAUAGAACCGUCUGUGGUUACCAAAAUGGGCACAGUUAUUGAACCUAUUACAAAAAGUGUCUUAAUGGGUGAAAAGAAAAUGUAAAUACAUGUGUUUUAUUAAAUUUAUAUAACAUUUAA